CACGUGAGGCCUGUCUGCCACUGCCGACAUGUGUUACAUCGCCUCGGACUUGCUGGCCGCCCUUCGGGGCAACUCCUCUCCUAGCACCAAAGACAUCAAGACGGUAGUAGACAGUGUGGACAUGGAGACAGACGAUGACCAGCUCAACAAGGUCAUCAGUGAGCUGAAUGGAAAAGACAUUGACGAUGUCAUUGCUCAGGGUGUUGGCAAGCUUGGCAGUGUGCCUGCUUGUGGGGCUGUGGCUGUUUCUGCUGCCCCUGGCUCUGCAGCUCCUGCUGCUAGUUUUGCCCCCGCAGUAGCAGGGGAGAAGAAAAACAUGGGAUUUGGCUUGUUUGAUUAA